GUCAGUUAAUCCUGCCUUAUUACUUUUAGAACCAAGAUCAGGUGGCUGUGGGAAAAGUCAACCGCGCAGCCGCAAACGAGGUUCGUCGUGAUAGGCCAAGCCGCCGCAGAUGCCCGACAAUACAACAGCGAAUGGGCCUGCACGUUUGACGUCGAGGAAGGGAAAACCCAGUCUCCCUUGCCGGCAUGCAAGAAAUCCAAACCUGCCACGUCUGUACACAACAUUCAUCGAACAAACUGGACGCCCUAUCCGGAUCCCGAAUCGAAGGAACCCCAAUUCUAGCUUUGUCCAACUAUUACCGCCAACAACAAACCACUUGUUCACCUCCACCGCCGGCACUAGAGCCCAUGAACCCAUCUUUUACCGCCCUCGUCCAUGCACGUCAACGACCGCUUUUACCAUCCGAUGCCGUAACAAGAGUUCGACGCCCGUUGGUCCACUCCUCGAUCGAGAUCGUGACCCUCGAGAUGCUUGUUGCCCAGCCGCCCAAUCAAACUGUUACCUCUGUGUCCGGAACUGGUUCCUGUCUCGAACGACCCAGGCCUUUUUCCAGCAGAACCGUUCUUAGGGCCCGCUGUCUUCGUCUCGUAAGCGAAACAUUUGCCCAGAGUCAACUCUUCUUCAAAGGCCUUUACUUUAUGUCGUGAUACCCGGCUCCGAACCAGACUCCAGCAGACUCGGAUGGCCGCCCACCGGACCUCGACGCUGCCGCCUCCAGAAACCAAUGUCCGACACUUCCGGCAUCCACCCCGUUCGCCUUGUCACGGCCGCCCUGCGCCCUC